AUGCCACAAUAUACCAGGAGUGAAGCAUUUGAUUGGUGUAUAAGAAAGGGAGUAACUCCUGAAAGGAGUUUUGUAUUGAUGGGGGAUCUCACAGACACCCGUGAUGGUACCAUUAUGACAGAGAUGCUAUUUCUUUUUGGGGCAAAGCAACCAAGUAUUGCUGAUAAACAAUUCAGGGAAAGUGGAGAGUUGUGUGCUGUAUUAAUAACUACUAGUCUUGACUUAGAGUCUGAAUUGCUUCCCAAAGUGGGGGCUGUGAGAUCUAACCCGGAACGCAGGUGGGUAAUUAUAUGGCCUGAAAAGGAUGGCAGUGAAAGGGCUGCUGAACCAUUAAUUGUGGGUGACAAUUCUUAUCCGGCUAGUGGAGAUCCCUCUGCAGCUGUGGGAGAAGGUAGUCAAGCACAGGGCAUUGAAGAAAAAUUAGGUAAUCAGUUAGAGGUUAUAGCUGAUAAAGUAGUACAUAAAUUAGAAAGGUGGCACUAUGAGGGUAGCUAUAGGGGACUAAGACUUUUUUCAGGAAUACUUCCUGUGCCUACCGGCGAGGAAUCUUAUGAGGCCUGGGGGGAGGCAGCCAUACAGCAGUCUGAGGAGUGGCAUUGCCCCGGUCAUAUAAAGAAACAAAGGAUAGUAGAGAGUUUACGGGGACCCGCUAUGGGAAUUAUUCAGGCUACUAGGAAAAGUAAUCCUGAGGCAGCUGUGGCUGACUACUUUCAGGCCUUAGAAUACACAUAUGGGACAUUGGAGGAUGUAGGUGAUUUGGUUGCUAGAUUCCAUCAUACAUAUCAGGAGACAGGAGAAAAGUUGUCACAGUAUGUGUAUAGACUUGAUAACUUAAUUCAUAAAAUCAUAGAUAAAGGAGGGUUAGCUCCUGCUGAAGUGGAUAGUAGCCGAUUGAAACAAUUAAUUAGGGGAGCAUUAACAACUGACCCUGUUGCUCAGCGGUUGCGUUGUACAGCUUUAUUAUUAGGAAGCCCCACCCUUAAUGAUUUAAUUAAGGAGAUUACGCAAGAAGAAGCUUUAAUCGCUAAUAGGGAAAAACUAAUGCCAAGGCUGUCAAAGUGGUGGUACCCUCCCCUGAGGCCCAAGGGUCGAGGGAAGACAAGUUAG